AUCUAAACAGUCCUAUUAUCUUAUUUCAUUUGCAAAAAUUAGGAGAUCUACUUCCUCAGGAGGAAGGUUAAAAAGCUGCAACAGGGGGAUAAAUAAAUAAUUAGCGCAAUUACCAAAAAUAGCUCUAAUAAAAUGUGAAGGAAAACAAGUGAGGCAGAGAAAAUAAGAGAGUUGAAGCUCGACCAUAUGGUGGAAAUAACAGAUCUGAGACAGACAGAUGCAACAUUGUUCUCCAUCUCAGAGUCGAUGCAGCUCCUCCCUCUGCGCGCGGGGCUUCAUUUCAUCAAAUCCUUCAACUUGGACCACUUAGGCUCAGCCGCACUUUGGACUCCGCCGCAUUUGGCUCCAACGCCGCAACUUGCAGCAGUUUCUCUUCCACAUCGAGCUCAGAACCUCGUCCGGAGAGGCAGAGAAAACUCCCAGCAUCCGCUGCAUCCCGUUCUGCCCCCAGCGAUGGAGACGGAGGUCAGGUUCUGCCCAAAGUGGCACGGUGCGCUCCGGUUCGGGCUCUUCCUCCUCCUGCCCGGCUUGCUUGGCGUCGCCGAGGCUGAGAUAACCUGCAGGUCAUGCCGGGAUGGGAAUAUGUGGCGCGGCGCGCAGGAAUUACUGCUGAGGGUUGAAACAAGUGGUCCCGCUGCCGGGGUAAAGGGGGAAGUUUUGGGGAGCGGAGACCGGACCGGGAGGGUCCCCUGCGAGUCGGACCCCUCUGGAUGCGCUCCAGACCGGGGGCAGCUGAGGCGGGAGCGGAUUACAGACCGCGGGAAAGUUUCCCAACACAGGGACGGUGUUGGUUCGACUCCACGGCGCUUCAGGAGGGACAGUGGCGGGGAUGCAGUCAGAUCAGCCCCGGCAGAGGGAGCGGCGGCGGCGGCGGCGGCGUGGCGCAGAGCGGCGCGCUGGAGCGGAGAGGAGCGCAGAGCGGCCGGCGCGCGGCAGGAGGAGUUAAAGCUCAACAGCUCCACGUUCGCCCUGACCGGGGACUCAUCCCACAACCAGGCCAUGGUGCACUGGUCCGGCCAGAACAGCAGCGUAAUUCUGAUGCUAACCAAACUCUUUGACUUCAACCUCAACAGUGCGACCGAGAGUUCAUUAUGGAGGUAA